UUUUUUUUUAAAAAAAUUUGACUGGAGACGCAUGAUGCUUAUGCGUCUUAGGAAGAGACGCAUGAGCGUCAUGCGUCUCUACUUCGAAUUAAACCAGCGGCGAAGGCAGUAGCUCCUCACUUACGAACGCAGACAGCAAACACUCACGGAGGCGGCGAUUUCUUCCUAGAUUCGGCGAAAGAAGACGAUUUCGACUUGUUUUCCGAUUAGAUGGCGACUUCAAGUUCUACUGGACAUUUAUUGUAUGGACCCGAAGACCCGUCCGUGUUAAAUAUGCAAAAAAAUCACAUUUCAAAUAAACUGAUGAAAGGGGGAACAACCCAAGUAUUUAAAGUCCGAAGGACUGAAAGUAAGACUUGGGACGCCGUGAUUCACGAGAAUGUAAGAUAUUGGCUUGACGUCUUUGGUUUCAAAGGCGUGAUCGAUUGUGGGAAGCCAAUGAAGGUCGACAAUGAGCUGAUCACGGCGUUGAUUGAGCGUUGGAGGCCGGAGACACACACAUUCCAUCUACCGAUCGGUGAGACGACGACCACCUUGGAAGAUGUGCAAGCCAUCUGGGGCUUGAGGGCGGAUGGCGUCGUUUUCACGGGUCGUGACUAUCAUGACAACUUUCCAGAUUGGACCAGCAAGUGUCGCGAUCUGUUGGGAUGGAUACCAGAUUCUUCCACAGAGACAAAGCAAGGCGGUUUGCUGAUGACCGCGCUGAUCAACCAGACAAGGAUGCCUCUGGGUGAUGACCUGCCUACUUACGUAUACAUCCAAAGAGCACGUAUCCAUGCCCUAAUUUUAUUAGGAGGUUUCAUUCUACCGGAUACCACGGGGUGUAAGGUGCCAUUUAUGUGGUUGAAUGGGCUUGGGGAUCCGGAAGAGGUGAAGAAUAUAAGUUGGGGAAGCGCGACAUUGGCCUACCUUUAUCAUUAUCUAUGCGAGGCUUCCAUGGAUAAGAGAAAAGAGUUAGGCGGCCCUAUGAUCCUCCUGCAGCUAUGGGCGUGGGAAAGAAUGCCCACAUUGAGGCCUGCGUUCAUAGGACCAAAGGUGCACGAGCCAUAUACACCAUGUGGCGCCAGGUGGAGAGGAACAACGCAGAUAGGAAAUGCUCCAAGACACUCGGUUGAGCAUUACCGUGACCAAUUAUCUCUGAUUAGACCUGGCCAGUUUAUCUGGACGCCGUACGCACCUUUCACACUGCCUGACUACUGCAAUGAUGUGAAUGGAUGCUCUUUGUGCGAAACCUACUUGGUAUGUUGGGCCUAUGUCGAGGCCCAUGAGCCUGGAAGAGUACGCCGACAGUUCAAUCGGUACCAGGAUAUACCGCAGUCCGUAGACAGGAUGCUAAGGAACGCCGAUCAUUUGGGCAAAACUGAUCGGCGUGGCAAGAAAGGCAACAACUGGGCAAACACGCAUCAGUUCUACAUUGGGGAGUGGGACAUGAGGUUCUAAAGGUUCCAAGCUGCCCAGUAUGCCGCAUCGAUGUCCAUGGAUAUCCCCAUGAACCCGGGGUAUAUGGCGUGGUAUAACAGGAUUACCGUGACGUACAUGACUCAGCAGGGGACACGGGCCACUACUGGGAUGAACGAGUCGGCUGCUUCGAUGAGACUAUUUGUUGAGGGGUUUCAGCAGGUUUUCCAUUUAACUACGGAAGACGAAAUGGACCCACGAGUGCGCCAGAUUCGGGAAAUUGUUAAGAAUGUCCUCGAAUCUACGAACAACACGGAUGUCAUGGAGUACCCCGCUUCUCAACAUCAGGAUGUGGUCAUGCCUUAUGAACCAGAAGUAGUUCCACGGCGUCGUGGAGUGCCUGGUGUUCGGACUGGGGGACACGGCUACACAAAGCAGUUUCCAUCCAGGAUUUGCCCAAUAGUCUUGGUGUCUUGGUGCUUGAAAUGAGACACCAUAGUACUGUGCUUCCCAUGUAGCUUUGUGGUUGUGUUUAUCAAUGAGUUCAAAAAUAGAGUUACCUCGAUCUCUGGCAACGGUGCACGCAUGUGAACAAGGGACUCUCCACAUCUGCCACUUCCCACAACUGCACUUUGAAUCCAUAAACUCGACUUCUUGUCUGUUAUCGCCCUUUGCCUUUCCAUUUUCAACACGUGGACGACUUCGAAUUUGGUAAUGACCUAAUUCUCGGGCGACUACUGAACAGUAAUGCAUUUGCCCCUUCGCAUCAUUCGCAACAAGUUUGUCCCUCGCCCAGGGGGUCAACCGACCUUCGGUUUGUUGUAUUUCUGUCUUUCUAUCUGCCCACCAUUCAACUGUUCGCCAAAAUGUCAGAUCAACCAAAGCUCUUAUUGGCAACUCUCUUACACCUCUCAGUACGUUGUUGUAGCUCUCUGACAUGUUUGUCGAGGGCACCCCCCAUCUCAGUUCAUCAUCGUAGCAAAGAGACCAGUUCUCUUUUUUGGCUUUGUUGAGCUCGUGUAUCGCAAUAAGACUUUCCUCCCGUAGUGCACGUCGCCUUCUCACGUACUUGCGUACUUGAGUUGUGACACCCAAUGCCCAUAUCAUGCCUUUUGCUUUUCCUCCCUUACCCUUUAGUUUUGUCAAGAUAUUUUUCCUCACAUGGAUCAAACAAAAUUUGUGGUGACAUAUCGGCGGCUUUUUCCAUUCAUCUGAACGCA